CAACCCAUGAAACUUACACAUUAACAGACAGCUAACGAGCUAACUGUUUUACGCUCGGAGAUGUGUAUUGUUCUACGAAUGGAUCGUUUACUUAGUGAGAAGGAGGAGCGAGAUACACUUGCAUGGCUAGAUAAAAUACCUUUCUCCAGACACAAAAAACACAUCAGCAGGGACUUCAGUGAUGGAGGACUCUCCUGCAGUGAUGGUUGCAGAGGUUGUUCAGCAUUACUUCCCAAAGAUCAUUGACAUUCACAACUAUAUCACUUCCUGCAAUACGCAGCAGAAACUCCGCAACUGGAACUUUCUCAACAAGAGGGUGUUUUCCAUUAUGGACUUUUAUGUCUCUGAGGAAACGGUGGAGAAGAUUGUUUCAAGCACUCCUGGUGUGGUACUGCAAGUGCUGUUUUUUCUCAAGGACAAAUUAGGAAAACUGGCGUUUUCAGAUAUGGAAAUUCAACAGGCUGAACCAGGAAUUAUGGCUCAACUGGCAGAGAUGAGGAGUACAGAGCCAACAGAGACACCACAUCAAGUGAGAUUUUUCCCAGAGACGAGCCUUUUAGCAACCCGGCAAGUCAUGCUUGAAAAAGAACUUCAGGUCGAGAAACUUCAGGAUAUUCGUAAGAACCUUCAGGUGAAAGUGAACAAGUUGGAGGAGCUGAUUAAAUUGAAGGACAAGCGCAUUGAACAUCUGACCAGUCUUAUAUAAAACUAAGAUACAGCUAGCCUGUCCAAGAGUCACCACAGGCUCAGUGGAUAAAAACCUUUUAUUUUUUCUUUCGUCACAUCGGUGUUUCUUUUGAGUUGUAAUUAUUAAAGAACAACUAUAUGACCAUC